UGCAGCUGAUGCACCUGUCGGCUCCAAUCUAGCAGAAAAGAAUGCCCUCUUUCUCUUCGCGUCUGCAGCUGUCGCACCUCUUCCUCCGCCGCCACCUCCUUCGCCCUCCGCCCUGGCUCCUGGGAUGGACAGCGUCGAUCUCGAGCCUCAAGGUCGCGUGGCGCAAGGACCCGCUGCUGGACGCCGCCAUCGACCGGGACAAGCGGUGGCGGCUCUGCUCUCGCGUGGUCCGCGAGGUUCUCAACGAGCCCGGCCAGACCAUCCCCCUCCGCUACCUCGAGAAGCGCCGCGAGCGCCUCCGCCUCCCCGUCCAUGUCAAGACCUUCCUCACCCGCUAUCCCAACCUGUUCGACCUCCACCUGGCCCCCAUCAAGCCCCGCCAGGCCCCCGUCCCCUUCCUCCGUCCCUCCCCCUGCCUUCGUUCCUUCCUCGACCUCGAUGCCCGCCUCCGAUCCCUCCACGAGCCCCUCGCCCUCGCGAAGCUCUGCAAGCUCCUCAUGAUGUCCCGCCACCGCGCCCUCCCCGCCGAGAAGCUCCUCAACGCUAAGCGCGACUUCGGCCUCCCCGAUGAUUUACUCUGCUCCCUCGUCCCCCGUCACCCCCACCUCCUCCGUCUCGUCCAUGCCACGGGCGAUAGGCCUUUCCUCGAACUCGUCUCCUGGGAAGACGACUACGCGAAAUCCGUCAUCGAGCGGCGGGCGGAGGAGGAGGCGCGGCUCACUGGGGUCCUUAUGCGCCCCAACUUCGACGUCCGCCUUCCACCCGGCUUCUUCCUUAGAAAGGAGAUGCGCGAGUGGACCAGGGACUGGCUGGAGCUGCCCUACGUGUCGCCCUACGCCGACACGUCCGGGCUGCACCCGGCCUCGCCGGAGAUGGAGAAGCGCUCUGUCGGGGUGCUCCACGAGGUGCUCUCUCUCACGCUGCUCAAGCGGAUGGCCGUGCCCAUUAUCGGCAAGUUCUCCGAGGAGUUCCGUCUCUCCAAUGCGUUCGCCAACGCCUUCACGCGGCACCCAGGGAUCUUCUACGUCUCCCUCAAGGGCGGGAUCAAGACGGCGAUGCUGAGGGAGGCCUACGAACGCGGGGACCUCGUGGAUCGGGAUCCCCUGCUGGAGAUAAAGGAUCGGUUCGUGGAGAUCUUGGAUGAGGGACACAAAGUAUAUCUGGAGAGGAUAAAUACCAAGAGGGAGGCGAUGCAGAAGGACUUGGAAUUGAUGGCGAGCAAGAAUGCUGAGCUGCCAGAGGGUGAGGAAGAGAGUGCUGAAACCGAACUACCACUGUAAAGGUAUUUGGUUCAACCUCAGCAAGAUGCAGUUUUGACACAGCAUCUGUACAAUAGCUCGGCAUUUGCACGCUGAGCUAUCUUGUCAGAGAAAGAUAGAAUUCCUUGCAGAUGAAACAAUCGAGGAUCCAAGAACUGGUUGGUAUUGUUAGCCAUUGGUAUAGAUUGAUCAUUGUGAGAAGGUCAAACUUCAGUUCAAUAAGGAGAGUUUAGGGAAGAAGAGAAAGGAUUUUGUUCAUAUUGCGGCCUAAAAGAUUGCCUUCUUAUAUUCACAUGGGAAACUUGUGGCAAUUCAAUUCCAUUUCUAUGAGAAGAGACUUCUUAUCUGCAGGAUCAUUGGGCAAAUAGCCUACCUUGCGAGCAGGGCAAAUAGCUUACCUUGCGAGCAGUAUACUAGGUUUUUUUUUGCAGAUUAAUGGAUAUUGUUGUCAGUCACCUAGAAUCUGGACAUUCUACAACUGGAAAAUGUGUUAAAGAUGGUGAAAGAAGGUGGACAGUAUUGUUAGCAUCAGAUAUUGCAGAAAAAAGAGAAGCCUAAGUGUUGUCAGAAGGUUGAUUAUGGUUACUUUCCUUUUCCUUGCUUUUCAUCAAGAAGCAAUUUUGAGUAGAGUAUCAGUAAAUUGGUUUCCUGCUGAGCAAUCUACUGCUGUUGGUUCCUCUGUGACAUUUUCAUUUUCAUUAGCACAUUGAACCAUCUUUUUGUUUGAUGAUGUAGUUAUCCUGAUGUGGAAAUGCACGUUGGAUCAAAAUUAAAGUAAGGAGUUAUUCCGUAGGGUGGUCAUGCAGAA